CCCCACCUGACGUGGUUUCAGCUAACUUGACUCGGACGCUGCGCGUCUUCCUGGUUUUGCGGAGUUAAACGCGUUUUCAUGCCUUUUUCAAAAACACAACAAAGACGUUGGCUGACUUAAUUUCUCUCGGAAGUGUGUUUUUAAAUUCAAAUUUCUGUCUAAACUGUCGAUAAAGUUUUAAAUCUGAUGCGUCGCGACUUUGAACUGAAACAAGCAGCGACGACCUUUUUCCAUUCUGUCCAUAGUGUGGCUUAACAAUCCAACAGUCCAAUCAAUCAUGCGGCAAAAAGUCACUUUCUUCACUGUUUUUAUCGUUUUAACGGAAGCCGCCAUUUCUCCGCCCGCAAACACAGAGGAGGAGCACUACAUGUCUCUCAGAUCGAUGCUGGAGGACUUCGACGUGCUGCCGCUCUCCAGCCUGCAGACUCACUCUGUCCGCCGCCGUGAUGUCCAGACUCAGACUCAUGUAGAGAAGUUGCUCAGCUUCGACGCCCUGCAGAGGCACUUCAGACUGUACCUGAGGACCAACGACCAGCUCUUCACUGAGGACUUCAGAGCCGUGAUCGUGGACGAGGAUGGACAAGAGCAAAGCUACUCGAUCAACAGACACAACUACUUCACCGGACACGUCAUCGGGGAGGAAAACUCUCGCGUUCAGGCACAUAUUGACGAUCACGAGUUCUCGGCUCGCAUCCUGACCGACGAAGCAGAGUUUAACAUUGAGCCUCUAUGGAGGUUUACAUCAAUGCCCCCGGAUGGUCAACUGCUGAUCUACCGCUCAGAGGACAUCAGGAACCUGAGCCGACUGCAACAGCCUUCCGUCUGCGGCUACUUGACCUCUGACGCCAGCCAGCUCCUCCCUCACAGAGUUCAGUCAGCCAUGUGGGAGAUGCAGGACAUAGAAGAAGAGUCUUUGUUCAGAGGGAAGCGUCAGGUCAACGAUCACCUGAAGAACACUUGUCCUCUGCUGCUGGUGGCUGAUCAUCGCUUCUUCAAACACAUGGGCCGGGACGAGGAGAGCACCACCCUCAACUACCUGAUUGAGCUGAUUGAUCGUGUUGACGACAUCUACAGAAACACGUCGUGGGAUAACGAGUUUGUAGGCUAUGGCGUUCAGAUCCAGCAGAUCAUCAUAGAGAAGAGCCCGACGGCUGUAGCUCCAGGACAAAGUCACUUCAACAUGAGGGGAAGUCCGGUGGAGGAUAAAGAUGUCUGGGACGUCAAGAGGCUGUUGGAGCAGUUCAGCGCUGACAUCGCAGAGAAAGCCGCCAACGUGUGCCUCGCACACCUCUUCACCUACCAGGACUUUGAUGAAGGCACUCUGGGUUUAGCCUACGUUGCCCCGUCCAAACCAGACAUUGCUGGAGGUCUCUGCUCCAAAGCCUGUCCUUCAUCCUCCAAUGAACAAAGAGCAAUGUACCUCAACACAGGCCUGACCAGCACUAAGAACUAUGGGAAAACCAUCCUGACCAAGGAAGCUGACUUGGUGACGACUCACGAGCUCGGCCAUAACUUCGGAGCAGAACAUGACCCUGAUGACAUCCCGUCCUGUGCCCCCCGAGAGGACCAAGGGGGGAAAUACGUCAUGUAUCCCAUCGCCGUGAGUGGAGAUCACGUCAACAACAAGCUGUUCUCUAACUGCAGCAAGCAAUCCAUAGUGAAGCGUCUGAGGUUUAAGGCUCCGUCCUGCUUCAAGCACAGAAACAUUAAUGUGUGUGGGAACUCUCGGGUGGAACAGGGUGAGGAGUGUGACCCAGGACUGCUGCACAUCCAUUCAGACCUCUGCUGCACCGCCGACUGCAGGCUGAGAACUGAGGCUCAGUGCAGUGACAGGAACAGUGCCUGCUGCAAAAACUGCAGAUUUGAGUCUGAAGGUGAAGUUUGCCAGGAGCCCAUCAACGCUACCUGUAAAGGACACUCGUACUGCACAGGAAACAGCAGUGAGUGUCCUCCUCCGGAAGACGCUCCAGAUAAGACAGUGUGUCUGGACAGUGGCACGUGUCUGGAUGGAGAGUGCAUCCCUUUCUGUCAGGCCGCCUUAAAGCUGCAGCCCUGCGCCUGCAACGAAACCCACUCGUCGUGUAAAGUCUGCUGUCGGGGCAGUGGUGGCAUCUGUGUCCCCUACCAGGAUAAAACGGGCAACUUCCUCUUCCUGCGUAAAGGCAAACCGUGCACCGUGGGCUUCUGUGACGGAGCGGGGAAGUGCAUGAAGCAGGUUCAGGAUGUGGUGGAGCGUCUCUGGGACUUCAUCGACAAACUGGACAUUAACACAUUUGGGAAGUUCCUGGCUGACAACAUUGUGGGUUCAGUUGUGGUUUUCUCACUGCUGUUCUGGAUCCCCUUCAGCAUCCUGGUCCACUGUGUGGACAACAAACUGGAUCAACAGUAUGAACAGAACACCAAGUCUCUGUUCUUCCCCAGCAAUGCUGAGCUCCUGAGCAGCCUGGAGUCUGCAUCUGUUCGGAUCUUCAAACCUCCAGCCUUCCCUAGCACCAACCACCUCGCCGGGCUGCGGUUCCAGCCUUUCGGCCCCCAGCAGACCAGCACCCCUCCGGUCUCCGUCUCCAGCCCUGAGCCAGCUGCCGUCCCAGCUCACCCCCUUUUGGACAGCCCACGCAUGGCCACCAUCCAGGAGGACCCCAGCUUCGACUCACACCUGGACGAGGAAGCCCUGGAGGAGGCGUUUGGGCGGUCAGUGGGGACGACUCAGCGCUCCUUUGAGGACCUGACGGAGAAAAGUGUGAUGAGUCGCAGCGGGAAGGCAAUGCUGCAUAGACUGCAGAGACAACAUCAGAUCGACAGCAAGGAGACGCAGUGCUGAGAGGACACACCUAUUUGACACCUGCCUACACUUGGGUACACAUGUCCACACCUGUCCACACCUGUCCACACAUGGCUACCCCUGUUUAUGCAUGUCCAUCUCCACACCUGCAGAGACCAGGUAACAGGCUGGUGUAUUUACUACUGUUUUUAAAGACUACUUCACUAUUUUCAAGGCCGAUAACGAUGACUGAUAUUAAUAAUCAUAACACUCAGAUGUCAGCCUGACAAGCUCUGCAUUAUUGGAUUAUCGACACACGAUUGGUUCUCCUCAGCCCUUUUGUCUCACAGGGACAGUAGAAUGUUGUUUACUGUGUAUCAGUACUUGAGCAGGACCUCAGUACUCAUAGAAAGUCGCUGCAGGACAAAACGGACACUAUUUGAUCAGCUAAACUAAAUAAACUUUCAGGUUCAGGUCGUACGGCAACCCAUAAUGUUCAAAAUGGAUCAAUAAGCACAUAAAUAAAUAUAGGCAACAUGAAAUUACAAA